CACAAUUUCGAAUACAUAAACAACAUAGAAAUAUUAUUUCUCGUUUUAAUCAUUUCUUAACCAUAAUUUUUGACAAACUUUAAUAAAAAAGAAUUUAAAGAGAUCCUUUUAUCGAAUCAUUUUGAAAGAUAGAAAAUGGCUGCCGAUGUGUUCCGUGCGGCAACUACCACUCCUUCUAGUGAUAACUUUCUAUAAAUUAUUCUGUUAAAAAGCCAGAAGUCGUUAUAUUUUCUUUUAUGAAUUAUUACUUGUGUAUCCAUCACCUUCAAGAACAAAGUUUAAUUGUCAUUUCGAAUAUUCAAUACCCACAAGUUAUGAAAACGACAUGGCGGACUUAUAAUCAACCAAUAGGAAGCCAGCAUCAAGCGUUUCAGAAUUGCAUGUACUCGCAUUUCGCGUCAUUACGUUUUCGGUGCCUUCUUUCUCUUAGAAAAUUCAGUAGGUAAUCUUUUCAUAUCAGUGAGUUGAUUGACUUUUCAGUUAAUUGCUAAGAAGACAGUGCGGAUAUUGUGUUUGAAUUUGUUAUGAGACGAUCGUUUGAUGUGAAGCAUCCCAAACGGCUGGGAUCAUGACUGCGUUGGAUUUAGGAUGAACUGAAAUGCAAUACCAUCUUUUUGUUUUUGUAAACAAGACUAUGUUUUUACGAUACACGUGCGAGACUGUAUACAAUUGACAGUUGUUUUCAAUGAUGUCGGGAAGGGGGGCAAAGAAACGCGGGAGGCCUCCAAAAUCGGGCAGUUUUGAGAAAAGUAGAAAAUUUCAGUACCAUCUAUUGAAAAAACCGAAAUAUUUACUAAAUCAACAAAAUGCAGGUUCAGCCUCUUUGGUUAGUACUCCUUCAGCAUCUAGAGCAUCUUCACCGCAAGGAAGCGAUAUUAGCAGACGAAGUACGCGAAAACAAAGAGGAGGAAAAGCCCAUAAAAAUAAAAGAGGUGGAAUAUCAGGUUCAUAUUCUCGAAGAGGAUAUAAUCCACAAGCAGCGGAUUACCACGAGUCUGAAUAUCAUUACGGAUCUGAUUUUGGAGAUGAAUACAGUGAUAGGUCUGAGCCCGAAGAAGAUCGCGCUAGUGAAAGCUCUGAGGGCAGCGUAGGUGACGGUGCCGCCAGCGAUAGUGACUUUUCUGUUAGCAGCUAUAGUACUACCAGUGGCACACCUAGAAAGGUCAAUAAUAAUUUACUCAGGCCCCCAAGUCCUGAUCCUCUGUGGCUUCAACAAGAACGACAAAUCCCUCCCUUAGACCUUCCACUAUCAUCAGAUGACUUAUUAAUUCCUCAGAAUUUAAUUUUACAAGUAGUAGGUGUUUAUGAAGUGCUACGGCACUUCAGGCACCUAGUAAGGUUGUCACCGUUUCGUAUAGAGGAUCUCUGUGCAGCUAUAAGCUGUGAAGAGCAGAGUAAUCUUCUAAUAGAAGUGCAUAUGAUGCUACUUAAAGCUCUGUUAAGAGAAGAGGAUGCUCAACAAACUCAUUUCGGUCCACUGGACCAUAAAGACAGUGUAAAUAUAACUUUGUUUUUAUUGGAUGUCAUGACAUGGCCAGAAGUCCUAAGAAUUUACAUUGAAAGUGACAAAUCAUUUGAUCAGAAUGUUGUUAGAAUUUUAAACUCAUGUGAAUACCCAUUCACAUCAGUGGAUGAUCGCUUAGCUGUCCUACAAUUUUUAUGCAAUCAAUUUUUAAUAACAAACCCUGUUCGUGAUGAUCUGUUGAGUGAAGUUCCUAUACAUUAUGAUGAUCAUUGUCGAGUAUGUCAUCGUCUGGGAGACCUGCUCUGUUGUGAGACAUGCCCUGCCGUUUUCCACCUUGAAUGUGUGGACCCUCCAUUAGGCGAUGUUCCAUCUGAAGACUGGCAGUGUGCUUUAUGUAAACAGCAUAAAACAAUGGGUGUAACAGAUUGCCUACCAGAUGCUGAAAAACAAGGUUUGAUGUGUCGACAUGAACACCUAGGUUUUGAUAGACAUGGAAGAAAGUAUUGGUUUAUAGCUCGGCGUAUUUUUGUCGAAUCUGAAAAUGGUGAAGUAUGGUACUAUACAUCAGCUCAGCAGUUUGAGGAGUUGCUGAAUGUUUUCGAUUCUGAUGAAAUGGAAGCUCCCUUAGUUCGAGAAUUACUAGAAAUGAAACAAGAAAUUUUACGACAGAUGGAUAUUACAGAACGUCUUACUAAUCAAGUCAAAGGAAAUCGAAAAUCUUACUUGGAAAUUGAAAAUGCUAAUAUUGUUAAACAGCGAAAACUUAAAGAACAACAAAAGCAGCGUAGUCAGAAUCCAGAACUGAAACUUGACGAUGACAAGAUUGAUAAUGUUUCUUCUAUAGCUGGUGACAGUGAUGUCGUAAAUGAAAUCACUGUUGUAAGUGAAGAUAUGACGCAAGAUGAUGACGAUACUAUUGAUGAAGAUGACAACAAAAAAAAUAAGUGUAAUGCUUCCAGUAGAAAACUUCCUGGACAGAAAAAGCAUGAAGAAGUAACUGAAAGAUUGACAAGGUUAAAGUCAACACAGAUCUCCAAUGGAACUUAUCUCUUCAAAUUGGGCAAUGAAAAUAGUUUUAAAAAUUAUAUUAAUCAAUACUCAGCAAAUCCGCUAGCUUUAAAUAAACCGCAGCGUAAUGAAGAGCGAGACAAAAAGCGGUAUAUGUCCCAUAAGUUUUCUUUGUCUUCAGCACAAGAAUUCAAAUGGGUUGGCUUGUUGAAUGCAACAAAGCCGUUAUUGGAAGCGACGCUCAGACAAACGUUGUUGCAGUUAGAAUCAAACAUAGUACUUCAAUUUAUGCAUCCCAACUGGUCACUACUGAGAAAACCUUGGGUACAAGCAGUGCAGCUUUGUCAAGCUCCUCGAGAUUUUGCUAGGGCUCUCUGUGUCCUGCAGGCGUGCAUAAAAAGUGUUGUUUGGGUACCGGCAUGGCAUGAACAACUUGGGCAUGUUAAAUUGAUACGUACAACUGCCACGGAUCGAGAGGAACGAAAAAAGCUUGAUAAACGUGAGAAAAAAGAAAGGGAUGAGGAGGAGGAACGUUAUCGAACAGCCUAUAACUUUGUUAAAUAUUCUCUUGGUCUUCGUCACCAGGCUUGGAAACAAAAAGGAGAAGAAUACAGAAUUCACGGUCAAUGGGGUUGGCUGUGGAAUUCUUCAACCAGAAAAUACAAGAAGCAUAGCAAUGCAAAGGCGUGCUUAUUAAACGGCCCUGCUAAGAUUGCUGUAAGAGUAAGAGAAGGAAGCGUAAUUAAAGUUUUAGCUGUCGAGCCAAAAACCUAUGACUAUCUUAUCUCAAACGAGGGAGAGAGUAAAGAUGUAAUGGAGAAAUUACCACCUUCCAUGCGUAAUUUAAAAAUUGAGAAGGAUGAAGAUGGUUUUGAAGAAAUUGAUGUAGAAAAAGCAAUGGGUUCUUCAACUAGGAGGUAUUAUCCAAAAAUGGCAAGAAAAUCUAAAUUAGACGAAUUCCUAGCCAGACGCACGUACUUGAAGUUUAUGGAAGAGAAAAAGUUAGCCAACUUAAUAGCAAAUGUGAAAAAAGAAGAUGUGGAGGUCAAAAGUGAAGAUGAAAAAAAUAUUGAUGUGGAAAAUGAUGAUCCAGAACCAGACAUGCCAACAAUUUGUGGCACAAGUAGUGUAGCCAAACAAAUGAGUACAGAUCAUGCUAAAAAUGUUGAUGCUCUUAGAGACGAGUAUCAAAAACUAACGCAACUUACAAAAAGGUAUCGGUGUUAUUCCAAUUGCUGUAACAAAAUAGAUACAUCUGAAAUUUUACAAAAUUCAACAAUUAAAGUAAAUUGUUAUUCGCCAUUAUGUAUUAUGAAAGGGAAACUAUUAAGUGAAUUAGUUACUUUAUUAAAAGGUGGAGUGGUCAAUUCUAGUAAUUUACUUGCGAAUUCUAAAGAUAAUACUAAAAUGUCAAUACUGGAACAAUAUUUAUUAGGGAAAAGCUCAUCCACCGCAAACUCAAAUGAAAAUAUUUUGAGCGAUCUAUUGUCUGCUGUGGCCUGCGCUCAGGAGUGCGACAACAAAAAUACUGAUUGUUAUGUUAAAAGGAAAUUUAGUGGUGAAGAUGGAGAUGACGUCAAUUACAAAUUUGAAAAACUUGAUGGCGAUGAAAACUCAUGUAUUGUUAAAUCUGAGAGUACCCUUGAAGAAUCAGCAGUACCAGCAGUUGGAAAUGAAAUGGAUAUUGAUAUAACAUGCAAUAACAAUGAAGACAGCGAAGUUGAAAUUGGUCCCCUAAAAGAGUUAACUGAUGGGGAAUCAUCAGAACAACCACCAGCUAACACUGAUACUGGAAAUGAGACUACUGAACGCCCACCUAUUCCUAAACUAAAAAUAACCAGAGGAAGAGCAUCUAAAGCAGCAUCUAAUACACAAAACUCGGGAAAUAGCCAUGAAGCAAAAGAUUCGUCCUAUAAAUGCUCUGUGACUUCCACUAAGACUGAUGAUAAAGUGAAAUAUCGUGCACUGGUGAACAGACGGUUUGGUCCUACAAAGACUUAUAAAAGAGAGGAUAGAACCAUAAAAGAAGAAAAAACAGAGGGAAAUGUAGUAAGAGUAUACUCAACUAUAAAUCCUUCUGGGAAAGUGUAUUUAAAAAGAGUACAAACAUCAGCAGUAGAAAAGAAAAAAAAGAGGACACCUGUGAAAUAUCCUCUUUGUUCAACAUUCCAUACAAGAAGUAAGGCAAAAACUAUAAUGGUUUUACCACAUCAUGAGCUCCGAAAACUAUGCCGACAAGCUGGCCAUAAUACAGUAACUGGUUUCAGCCAUAACGCUAAACCUAAUCAGACAGUCUGGCCUUAUCCUUGUCCUAGACCAUUGUUUAAAACUUGUUGGCUUUAUCGAACUGUUAAUCUUCAAUGGUUAACAAGUGCUGCAUUACAACUUCGUAUCAUGUGGGCUUGUCUGCGUUGGGACGACAUGGCGGCAAAACCUGCUUCUGCUGAUGGUAAACAUCAGUUGACAACUGAUACAGAAAUUGUAUCUCUCGAGCUGCUGAAACAUCGUCAUAUAGGCCAGUUUUCCGAGCGAACUCAAUAUCUCCGUCGGAGAGUAGUGAUUCCCUUGGAAUUGCCAAAAACAGUCCGUGAAGUCACAUCAAUUCGUAGUGGAUUAAGAAAAAGAAAGCGCGCAGAAUCUCCUCAAAAUACUGAACCGCAAGUGUCUGAAGAGUGGGUUGAUGAGGAUAAACUGGAAUUGUGGGAGGUGCGUCAAUACGGUGAACGUACGGAACGCGCUACACCGGUCACACGCACGUCUACUGGAAAGCUUCCACAGCGAAAUAUCGCGCCCCCAGCAAAUGCUGCUGACCUCAAGGAUAAAAUGGAGCAGCAAUUACGGGAACAGAGGGCUGCACAUCAACAAAAAAGAGCAUUAGAAAUGUCCCAAGACAAAGCAAAGUCUACUCCUAAUCAGAACUCGGGUAAAAGUACACUUACAUCUCUUCUUACUACAAAUGCUACCACUCCCACUGGACAAAAGACAGUUAUUGGAACCAGAAGAAUUAUUAUGACAAAGGGAGCGGAUGGAUCGACCCGAGUAAUCAGUCAGCCAAUCGCAGGUACGGCAAAGUCUGCACAAAACGAAGGUGUUUCAUCCAAGCCGAAUGCAACUCCACAAAAGGAUGGCCCUCAAAAAGUUCAAAUAAUUCGGGCUCCUGAUGGAAAAAUAACCGUAAGGGGCUUGUUAGCUGGCCAACAGCUGAUUCAAAUGCCUGAUGGAAAAUUGCAUGUAGUGAUGGCGGGGCAGCAGGGUAUUACCGGACAGUUAGUAGCAGCCUCCCCUGCCGCUAAAACAGUCGACACUGGCGGCUGUCCGACUGAAAGAGAAACGCCUCAAGCGAAAACCGCCUCCGACGAUGCUCGUCAGACACCUCGCGCUGCUCAGGCCUCCGGUCAACAAGUCAUGGUACAAAGUAACCGGCAGAUCGUAGUCCAACCAUCCCCACAGAUGGUAGUGCAGCCGGCCGCGCAGGUGUGCGUGCAGCCGGCUGCGCAGGUGGUGGUGCAGGCGGGCGCGCGCGCCGGGCUGGCGCCGCGCGUGGCCGCCGUGCAGGCCGUGCAGACCGUGCUGGUGCAGGGCCAGCUGCUGCCGCGCGCCGCCGCGCCGCGCGCGCCCGCCGCCACACCCGCGCCGCGACUGCAGCCGCCGCGCCCGCGCCCGCCGCAGGCGCAGCAGAUCGUUGUGAACAACCCAGUGCUAGUACAGCAAAUUGCUGCUGGCAAAAUUCAACUGGCCACAGUGAAUGGGCAACAAGUUCUCAUCCGACCGACGGGUAAUAACCAAGCCCAGAUAGUGGCCCACAUCGGUCAAAGUCCCUCCACGGUUGCGGCGACCCCGGUGCAGUCACCGAUGGCCGCACCCCGCACUGCACCACCCGCUUUGGCUCCGCAACCUGCGAUCCCGCAGCCUAUCCAACCGCAACCGAUCCAACAGCAGGCUCUACAACCGCAGCCAAGCCAGGCGCAAUCACAACAGAUCACACCGCAACCACAACAACAGCUUACAGAGGAUGAAUUAGUUGAAAAGCGACUUCUAGUAGGCCAACCACCUGGCACUGUGAUAAAGACAGUAACUGCACAGGUAAUGCAGACAAGCAGUGGACCAAGUAUAGUUCUUCAGGGACUUCAUGGGUAUUCUUUAACACCACAACAACUAGCACUAGUUCAACAUCAAGUAAAACAACAGCUGUUAAAAGCUCAAGAGUCGACAGGCAAGCAAGGCAUGCUGGGCCCGCGCAAGAUGUACCUGGCCGUGCAGCCGGCGGGGGGCGCGCCGCCGCCGCUCACGCCCGUGGGCCCGCUGCCCGCCGCCGGCGCGCUGCACUCCCUACAGUCCCUACAACCCCUACCCGUGCCCGCGCACCAGGAUGUAAGUGAGGAAGAUCAGAUAAAAAGACAAGCUCUUUUAAAUGGUGAAGAAAAUGUUGCUGAAGCAGCGAGUAUUAAAGAGGCGACCCCUUCAAAACUAGAAGAUAUCAAAGAAAACAACACGAAAACUGAUAUCAUUAAUUCAGGCCCAGACGGCCUACAAAGUAGUAAAUUCGUGUUAACCCCUGACUAUAUACAACAAACUAUUAAGAGUGCUUUGAAACAAGAAAACUUAAAUCCAGAGAUAGAAGAAAAACUGCUCCAGUUGCAACGUUACCAAGAGAAACGUAUGAAGCCAGAGAUUCCACAGCCAGAGAGGGAAAUUCGGCCGGUCGCAGUAGUCGCUCGCACUCCGUCGCCACCAACUCGGCGCCGCGCUACUUCCUCGCGACAUGACGACGAUGACGACGAGUGGGUCGACAGCAGCCCGCGCAAGCGCACGCGAGGCGGGCGCCCUCCGUCGCCGCCGAGUGGCGCGCCCCCGCCGCGGCCGCCGGCGCGCCCCCCUGCUGCGCCCCCGGCCGCGCCCCCGCCACCGCCCGCGCCCGUUGCUCUGCCCGCCCAGCACCACCCGCAGCCCACGGCUAUGGACGAACGUCGCCGCGCAGCUACUAACAACUCUCGCCUACAGAUGUUACUUUUUAAACAUAAAGAAAUGUUGAAAAAGGACAUCAUCAAGAAACGUGGUCUCCUCGAAAAAGAAUUAGGCGUUGAGAUCCAGAAAGAGCUAUCUGCAGAAUUGGCACUCCGUACCAGAGCCGAGCGAAAUAAGCAGGAAGAGGUCCGGGGUGGUAAGCGACGUGGUGCUGCUACGCCUUCUACUCCUCGUCCUAAUAAAAGAUCUGUCAAGAAGGAAAAAUUACUGUGCAUAUGCCGUACACCUUACGACAAUACUAAGUUUUACGUUGGCUGCGAACACUGUAGCAACUGGUUCCACGGCGAUUGUGUAGGAGUUACAGAGGAAAUGAGUAAAACGAUGGAAGAAUAUGUAUGUCCGGAUUGUCGGCGCGCUGAAGAAACACAAGAACUUUACUGUCUAUGUCGACAGCCCUAUGACAAUUCACAAUUCUACAUAUGCUGUGAUCGGUGUCAAGAUUGGUUCCACGGAAGAUGUGUAGGAAUAUUACAGUCCGAGGCUGACAAUAUUGAUGAGUACAUAUGUCCAAAUUGCCAGAAAAAUAAUUCUGUCAAUUACGCAAAUAUGAAAGAGCUUACUACUAAAGAUUUUGAAAAUUUAAGGAGGCUUGUUAAACAAAUACAACUACAUAAAAACGCGUGGCCCUUUAUGGAACCUGUAGAUCCCAGAGAAGCUCCCACCUAUUACAAAGUCAUCAAAGAACCAAUGGAUCUACAGACUGUGGAACGAAAAGUGAAUGAUCAAACAUAUAGUACAUUAAGUGAGUUCAUUGGUGAUAUGACUAAAAUAUUCGAUAACUGUCGAUACUUUAAUCCUAAGGACUCAGAAUUUUAUAGGUGCGCUGAAGGUCUUGAAGCAUUUUUCGCACAAAAAAUUAAAUACUUUCGUGAAAAGUUAUUCGAAACGACUCAAUGAUAAAAGUGCCAGUGUACAGUGUCUACAACAUGAAAUGUGAUUAAAUACAGUUGAUAUAUAAACAGUUCUCUGCGUUCUCUUCUGUAUUUUGUUUCUAUGAUCUGUCUGUAAAUUGUAAAACUAUGUGAUGAAAAUUACAAAGAAUAAUUUAUAUGAAAUUUCCGCUAAAAAUAUCGAAUGAGGUCGUCAGUUUUGGUUCUAUGUUAAAGUAUUUAUUGUAUUUAUUACACGCUUCAAUAUAUCCCUGGUUCAAGCUGACGCUCUUUAGAUAUACAGCUAUUGACAGGAAUUAUUAUGUAUACAUUUUGUGAGAUAUUAUGUUAGCUAAUAUAAAUUAGCAACUUUAGUUAUGUUAGAUGUAUCUAGAAUAAGACAAACAUAUUGUAUGUAAGUAAUAAAUUUUUAAUAACAAGAA